UACCAACAUGCGUAAAGUGAUAUGCCUGUGCAAGGCUUAAGAAAUCCAUACGCUUUUUUCAGUUUUCACCCAUCUCCCGGAAACCCUUCAUUUGUCCGCUGUCAUGCCUGAUCUCAACUUUGACCCCAAAAAGGGAAUUCCAGAGCUAUCUGGGAAGGUCAUAGUCGUGACCGGAGGCACCGCAGGAGUUGGUAGGGGCACUGUGCUCGAGAUGGCCGCGCACAACCCAGCACAUAUCAUCUUUACCGGUCGAAAUGUUGCAUCAGCCAAUGACUUGAUUGCGCAGGCAUCGGCGGGCGCCAAGCUGACCUUCAUAGCGUGCAACACGGCCGAUAACGCCUCGGUAGCGUCUGCUGCCCAGACCAUCUUGACAACCACCCCGGACCGUCUUGAUGUGCUAGUCUGCUGUGCUGGCAUCAUGGGUAAAGCCGCUGAUGUUUCGAAGGACGGCUACGAAAUCCAGUUUGCUGUUAAUCAGCUCGGCCACUCGAUUCUCGUGCGCAAGCUGAUGCCCCUGUUAGAGAAGACGGCCGCGCUGCCGGGUGCCGACGCACGCGUGGUCAUGGUCACCAGCACGGCAUGGAAAAACGCACCAACGGGCGGCAUCCAGUUCGAAAGGCUUCACACCGAGCAGGACAUUCUUGUGGGGGGCCCUUGGAGGCGCUAUGGCCAGAGCAAGCUCGCCAACCUGCUGUACGCGCGGGAGUUGGCGGAUAGGUAUCCCAACGUCCUGGCGUUGGCAAUUCAUCCAGGGGUCGUCAAGACGGCGCUGAUUACGGACCUGAAGUGGAGUCAGAAGCUCAUGGUUUAUUUCCUCUACAUUGGCCAGAUGUUGACGCCUACGCAAGGGACGUAUAACCUGCUAUGGGCGAUCACGACUAGGAAGGAUGAUAUCAAGACAGGUGGCUUCUACGUGCCUGUGGGGAAGCUGUCAGGCGAGGAAACUGAGACGAGCGAGUAUCGUGAUUUGGGAAAGAAGUUAUGGGAUUGGACGGAGGCAGAGAUCGCCCGGUAUCUCUAGAAUGUGUAAAGAUGCGCGGAGAUGUAUACCCUGGCUGCAGAACGCAAUAAACUCAGUUCCUGCAAAAGUGCCGCUCUUGGCACGCCCUGGCUCCUCACCAACUACAUAGAUAUCCAUCACCGAUACCCCAGGAUUCGUACGUCGAUGGUACUCUCCCAGGCUACCUCGGUUCCUUGGGGUAGGAGAAAGGAUCCCGCCCGAGUUGCACAAUAGCUCCGGACGGGGGACAGUGACGGCCGGGUGGGUCGUGGUGGAUGACAGUAUUUUUGAUGAUUGGAGAGAUGCAUCCAUAGCAAACGCCAAGGCGCUGUCUCUGCCG